AUGACGACAGGGAAUAGCUCUCUAGCAAACUCCCAGCAGCUAUCAUCAUCUCCCUUUCCAAUACCGCCCGACAGAAAACCAUCCCCAGAGAUCUCGAAAGCGUACAAGCACGCUUCACAGUUGUUCGUGACACGCAGAUUUCCUGAGGCAUUUUCGGUACUCGAGCCGAUCAUAACUCCAGCUCAACAGGCGAAUGGUUUUAAGGAUAGUGAUGAAGACUCAGACUCGAAACCGGCGAUAGCUAUGGCUACCACAACCCAGCGUAUUAAAGUCUGGAGUCUUUACAUUACGCUCCUUAACUCGAUCGUCGAUCUGGGUUAUGAUGAAGGCAAAAGAUCCUUCGGCCAAAAUAGAUAUAAGGAAAUAGUCAAUUGCGUCCGGAGUGGCGAUAUCUGGGAAACUGUGGUCCGCGAUGGCUACGCAGGCAGGGAGGGCUCUGUGGAUGCGGAGGUUGUCUAUAAUCUUGCUACUCUGUUGCUUGGACAAGCACCUUCGCAAACGUUGACGCAAUCUCGACUGGAAACUUACCUAGCUUUCUCUUCCCACCUUGAUCUUAACCUUGGCAUCACACACCACCUCGACCACGAAAACUCCCACCAUCUACAAUCACGAUCUAACGGUGCGGGAACACCAAAAGACCUUGCAUCUCGCCUCAAGAUCCUAGAGCUAUUCACAUUACAUGUUCUUCCCCGAAACGAGGAAUGGGAAUACGCCAGGUCCUUCAUCAGCAUGAGUGAUGUUCUCGAUGAGGAGCGACGAGAGGCGUUUCUCCUAUCUUUGCAGGAGUUACAGGACGCGAAAGACCAUGACAUGCAGGAAGAAACAACACCCCGCCAGCAGGAGGAUGCACAUUUACAGGACCGUUCGGAGAACAGCAACAGGCCUCACUCAGAAAACAAUGCUGUUCAAAGGCGCACAUCAGGCGAAAAUGGCCCAGUCCACAAACGAACAAGCAGCGAGAUCGACUAUGGAAUAGAGAAGGAACCACCAAAUGGCAAUGCUAUUCCUGCACCCAAAACACAGAGACCAGCCUCUUUGUCCAACGCUGCUGCUUCCGCCGCGGUGACAGGAGCAUCACACCAGUCUCCAGCCGAGGCAGCAAAGAGCCGCAACAUGCGCAAAUCUCCCCAGAAAAGACCUCCAACUUAUGGUCAACCGCUCAGAAAUCUCUUUCAAGUCUUGCAAAACCUGGUCCGAAAUAUGACCAAUUCGGUCAGGCUUCGUCAGACGUGGGAUCAGGCCGUGAAGCAUGAAGCCUGGUAUAUGAGUUUACCUUUUCCCUGUGGCUUUAUUUUCGCCUCCUACUGUAUUUCUGGAAGCUCGACCUACAUGGCGGCUGCAAACGCACAAUCAAUUUCGGCACUACUUCAGAAGUCCAGCCUUGAUGAUCACGAAGAAAUAUUGAAAGCAUGCAAUGCAGCCUUGAAAAUAUCGAAAACGGACGUAGCCGCCCAGCACGUGAAGGCUGUUGCAUUGUUGAAGCUCGAUCGUUAUGAGGAAGCGUUGCAUGUCUUCGAGAGCGGUGGGAAGAAUCUUAAGGAGACGGCACCAUUGGAAUAUGCAUAUAGCCUCUACAAGGAUGGAAAGUCUAAGGAAGCUGCAGACGUAGCAGCUAGGCUCAAGGAUGGGCGAGCUGCGAGGCACGUUGAGGCCCAAGCACUUUACCGAUCAGAGAAUUUCCAGGCGACAGCCGACGUAUACAGGGAUCUUCAAUCAUCAGACCCUACCACAGAACAAAGCGAUCUACGCAUUAAUCGAGGAGCAGUCGAAGCGCAAUUGAUCUGGUCCGGCAAGCGUACACUUGCCGAACGGCGUAAGCCUGGGAGAGAAGACCUAGAGGCUUUUGAGACUGCAUACAAUGCAGCAUGUGGUAGCAUUGCUAGGGGCGAGCUGCGACAGGCUGAAGUCCUUCUGAAAAGAGCAAAAGAGCUUUGCAAGUAUUCGGAUGACCUUCCAGACGAAGAGAAGGCAGCUGAACUACUACCGAUAUGUGUGCAGCUGCUGUACGUACUAGAGCGCUUGGGCAAAUCGGAAGAGGCAAAAGCUAUCGCAUCGGAGUUCAAGGCUGCAGAUGUUGCAGAUAAAGCUACGAAGCAGAUUGCUCAGCAUAAUCUCCUUGUCGGAUCAGAAGAAUCACCAAAUCCAUACCUUGCCCACAAAAUGCUUGAUAAUGGCGCACGAUUUAGUGAUGACGAUAAGCCGUUCCGAUUCCAGCAACGUAUACUAAACGCAAACCUUAAAACAGUAGACUUACAAGCUCUAAAGUUUGAUGGUGUGGCAAGAUCAACGUCCAAGGUUCUCAAGUCUCAACAAUUACCUUCUACGACCGCAGAAUUGACAUCUUUGGGAGUAUUGAAUGCAGCCGCUCAUGCAAGAGGCGAAGAUGGCAAGUCUGCAUUAAAGCAUCUUCUACCAGAACUUGAACGAAGUCCUUAUAACAUUGGUCUUCUUCUAACUAUCAUACAAAUUUACGUUUCAAUACACAACCCAACCUCAGCAAUUAACCACCUCGAAUCGUUCUUUACACGUCUUGAGCAAUCUCCUUUCGAGACAAAACAAGAACUUCGCUUCAGCCCCGGCUUGGUCACCGUUGCAGUGGCUCUGUACAAAUCACAAGGUCGACAGUCGCACGCGAGGCGGGAGCUUGCGCAGGCUGCAUCUUACUGGCGACGGACGUCAGAUCCUCCACAACUACUGUUACAAGCAGCAGGUGCUACUCUUCUAGAAUCUCUAGACCCAGAGGAUACUUCCCUCGCUGCUGAGAGCUUCACGAUACUACACGAGAAGAAUCGGCAGGAUAGGUUAGCAGCAGCAGGAUAUGUGGCUGCACAUGCCAGCAAAGACUCCUCCAAAGUCAAGAACGAAGUGGCCCAGUUGACUCCAGUGCAUCAGCUUAUCCAGGGCAUCGACGUGGACAGCCUUGAGAACGCCGGAAUACCACAACCAUCAAAUGCUCUUGCCAUCGCCCAGAAGACUGCUUCUCGCAAACGAGGUGCACCAGAUCAGGCCUUGAACAGGCCGAAGAGGAUACGCAAAUCACGUUUACCAAAGGACCAUGAUUCCGCCAAGGUUCCAGAUCCGGAAAGAUGGCUGCCAUUAAGAGAUAGGAGCACAUACCGACCAAAAGGAAAAAAGGGAAGGAAGAAGGAUGCCGACAGAACACAAGGUGGCAUUGUCGCAGAUGAUGUCGGUAUCAAGGACCUAGGCCCACCUACACGGCCGCCAGGGGUUGGAAGUGGAGGCAAUAAGAAGAAUAAGAAAAAGGGCAAGAAAUAG